AAAGUUGUAACGUGUGAAUUUGUGCUGUCUCUCUCCUAUUACUCGUCUGUAUGCAAACAGAGAAAGACAGAGACAAAGAGAGAAACCGACAGAAACAGAGACUUAGUGAACUGAAUUUGUUGUUUUUUCACGGUUCUAUCAUCUUCUAAUCUUCUUCUUCAUCGUUAUAUUUUGAUAUUGUUUUUGUUCACUCCCUAGUUCUUUUCAUCCCUGCUUUUUAUUGCUAUAAAAUUUUUACAAGAAUUUUCUUGGUAUUUGGUAGCUAGAAUUCUCUUCAAUUUACUCUCUUUUGGUUCUGAAUUUGAUUCUACCCCAGAGAAGUCAUUAGUCUGUUCUGAAUGGUCUGAAUGUUUUGGUUCUUUUCUUAGAGUUUAGAAGUUUGAGGUAGAAUUUUCAAGUGUCAAAGCCAAAUUCUCAGAAAAUUGUUUGACAAAUGAUGCUAUCAACGAAGUCUGAAUCCGAUAUCACUAGCCUUGCUCCAUCAUCACCUUCAAGGUCUCCGAAACGCACGCCUGUAUACUAUGUUCAGAGUCCUUCUCGUGACUCUCAUGAUGGGGACAAAUCAUCUUCCAUGCAACCAAGUCCCAUGGAAUCACCUUCGCACCCUUCCUCCUUUGGACGCCAUUCGAGGAACUCUUCAGCUAGCCUGUUUUCGGGGAUUUUCAGGUCAUCUUCGGGGAGGAAAGGGAGCAGGAAGAGGAAUGAUAAAGGCUGGCCUGAGUGUAAUGUGAUUAUGGAAGAAGGGUCCUACGAUGAGCUUGAGGAUAAGGCGUUUACAAGGCGUUUCCAGGCCCUGAUUGCUGUGUUUACUUUUGUUGUUUUGUUCACAGUGUUUUGCUUGAUUAUUUGGGGUGCCAGCAGGCCUUACAAAGCUGAAAUAACAGUCAAGAGCUUGUCGGUGCACAACUUAUAUGUUGGGGAAGGUUCUGAUUUCUCUGGGGUCCCAACAAAAAUGCUGACAGUGAAUGGCUCGUUGAGGCUGAGUGUAUACAACCCUGCUACAAUAUUUGGCAUUCAUGUUAAUUCCAACCCCAUCAAUCUCAUAUACUCAGAAAUUCCUGUAGCAACUGGUCAACUGAAAAAAUAUUUUCAACCAAGAAAGAGCCGAAGAACCGUAUCUGUGGUUUUGGAAGGGAAAAAAGUUCCACUUUAUGGGGCUGGAUCAAGCUUAACGUUUACACAAAAUGGUGCUGAAAUUCCAUUGAUACUGAAGUUUGAAGUCCGGUCAAGAGGAAAUGUGGUUGGAAAGCUUGUGAGAACAAAGCACCGGAGGCGAAUUUCUUGCCCUUUGGUCGUUGAUUCUACAAGAACCAAACCCAUUACAUUCAAGAAAGAAACAUGCAUAUAUGACUGAGGUCGUUUCUGUAUGAUGAUUUGCAUCUCUUUCCAACCAUGCAGCAUUGAAUCUCCUGCAGUCUGAUCAGUUCCUGAGCUCUGUGUUGAUGGAUCAAGUCAUACCUUAUCGUUUUCUUUCUUUCUCUCUGCUUUGAAUGUUGUAAAUGUUUAUAUCUACAUAGACGACAUAAGAGGCUUGGGUCCCGUGUGCAUGAUUUGCUUAGGAACGUCAAUAUGGUGAGAUUUGAAUUAAUAACAGAGCAAGAAUAAGAUCAUGAUUGAGAGUCCGAAUGUUGUUCUAUUCCUCCCUAGCCGUCUGCUGGCAUUGAAGUCGUAAGCAGGAUCAAUUUGUACCAUAAGUUUAUCCUUUUACUCUUCUUAAGAGAGAAAAGAUAGUUGCUGCCAAGCCUGCAUCAGCAGCCAUAUGUCACUUACGGCCAAUAUUAAGCAUUAUUUUGAGACAUAAAACGUAGCGGAAUAAAUUCAACCUGAAAACUCCAUCUAAUUUCUUCAA